AGCUGUUCAUCAAUUGCAGUAAAAUGGAUGAUGACGUCGCCAGCGCGCAAAGCGAAAAUGAAAAUUUACGAAAAAUUCGCAAUCGGUUAAUGCAAUGGGAGUCCAAGACAGAUCCACUGGCAGCGCUAAGCGCCCAGCAAGAGGAACAUCUGGAUGUGCUGUCCAAUUUAUGGCUACAGGAUGAAACAACGGCCGCCUCACUCACAACAACACCCACAAAGACUGAGUCGAGGCCAGCGGAGUGCAGCAAGGACAUUGGCAUGGAACUGCCCACAAACGGGCUGCAAAACACAAAUGAUUUUCUGCUUUGGUUUGUGGGCGUCAAUGCCGAGAUUGAGCAACGUGGCGAUGCCGACUACCGUAAAUAUCUGCAGCAGCUGGAGCAACGCAAGGGUGAAUGUGCACAUAUGCUAAGCCAAAUCUCUGUUGCCAUGGAGCGACUGGGUGCCCUUAGUGGCGAGUACGAGUUUGUUUCACAGAAAACCAGCGCACUCAACACGGCCAGUGAACAGCUGAUUGAUGAGCAACAAAAACUGCAGCAGUUAAAUAGCGAAAUACAACGUCGCCUGCACUUUUUCAGUCAAGUCGAACUGCUUAAUCAACGACUACAGAGUCCCACGCUGUCCGUAGCCAGUGAAGCAUUCCGAGAAUGUCUCAACAAAAUCGACGAUUGCUUGAACUAUCUGGCAGAACAUCCCAACUUUAAAGAUGCCGCCACCUACAAUGUCAAGUACAAGCAAUGUCUGGCCAAAGCUACAGGCUUGGUACGCAACUAUGUAACCAAUGUCAUCAAUCAGGCCACAGAGGCAACACUGCAUCCACGUAAUGCUAGCAACGAUGCUUCGCUACAAGCUCCAGACGCUGCCUUUGCGCUCUACUAUGGCAAAUACCAAACUUCCGCAGCAAAAGUAAAGCGCGUGGCGCAGCUCAUCGAGUCACGUCUGGAGCACAGCAGCAGCAGCGAGUAUGAGCAACUGAUGAUAGAUCUGCAGCAGCAUUAUCUAGCACAACGCGCCAGCGUUAUGUCGCCAGCAGUAAACCAGUCCAUACAGAAUGUAAAAGCAGCGCACAAAGGCGAUCAUUGCUCCUUGACGCGUAGUGCCUGCGCUUUUCUGGUGCACGUCUGCCAGGAUGAGCAGCGACUCUUUUAUCAGUUCUUUGGCAGCGGCGCAGCGCAGCUUACCGUCUAUUUGGAGGGCUUGUGCACUAUUCUGUACGAUACCUUGCGUCCCUUUAUUAUACACAUUAAUCAUCUGGAAACCUUGGCGGAGAUCUGCUCCAUACUACGUAUUGAAAUGCUCGAAGAGCAUGUACAACAGAAUCCCAGUGGACUAGAAGCGUUUGCCACCAUAGCGCAUCAGCUGCUGCAGGAUGUGCAGGAGCGUUUAGUAUUUCGUGCUCAUUUGUAUCUGCAGUCGGACAUACAAAAUUAUAAUCCUUCCACGGGUGAUUUGGCGUAUCCGGAGAAACUGGAAAUGAUGGAAAGCAUUGCUUUGUCACUGCAAGAGCCUGCCCAGCUGCGUCGCUCCGAGUCACGUGCAUCUGUAUCCAGCGAGGCGGAGAGCGUUGAUACCGCCUAUAGGGUCAAGCAGCUAAAUUCACCAGCAGAUCUGCAUGGCAUGUGGUAUCCUACAGUGCGUCGCACCUUAGUCUGUUUGUCACGUCUGUAUCGCUGCGUAGAUCGUCCCAUUUUUCAGGGUUUGUCGCAGGAGGCGCUCAAGCUGUGCAUACAGAGCGUGUCACAUGCAGCGCACAAAAUUGCAGCAGCCAAGACGCCUAUAGAUGGUGAACUCUUUGAAAUCAAACAUUUGCUUAUAUUGCGCGAGCAGAUUGCUCCAUUCCGUGUGGACUUUACGGUAAAGGAGACAUCAUUGGACUUUAGCAAGGUGAAAACAGCUGCUUUUGGGCUGCUGCAAAAGCGUAAGCAACUUUUUUCCAUGGGCAGCAACAAUGCGCUAUUAGAGUUUCUGCUCGAGGGCACGCCACAAAUUCGAGAACAUCUGCUGGACUCGCGCAAAGAAGUGGAUCGCCAACUAAAGACAGUGUGUGAGCAGUACAUCAAAGAUGCUGUGCAUAUGUUAUGCGGUCCACUGGUCACAUUCCUUGAAAAGGCACAAGCUUUGUUAGCGCAGGAUGCAAACAAAGCUGCCAGCUCACCAGAGCCUGCGGCUGGCAAGCUAAACUAUGUAUUGAGGCAAAGCGCCUGGGCAAGUCCACAGCAAAUAAGCAGCAUUAUUCAGGAGACACAACGCCUGAUCAAGGCCAAGUUGGCCGUACUGCAACGUGCCAUGCAGCUCUAUCUAAGCAAUCGUGAUACGGAGUUUAUUAUUUUUCGCCCAAUACGCAACAACAUUAUUCAAUCGUUUGUCAAGCUGGAGCAAUUGCUUACUACGAAUGGCUACUCGGCAGAUGAUAUGAUCAUAACCAGUUGUCCAUCUGCGGAGCAGGUAUCGAUACUGCUCUCAAGUGCCAGCAUUUUGGCUGCUGAGGGUGUCGCUAGUUUUGCAGCAGCAGCAGCUCGUAAAAUCAGCACCUCGUCUUCAGUGGAUAGUGCAGCGCCAGGCAGAAAAUUGAGCAGCAUAUCCAGUAAGGCAGAGCAGACACAAGAUGUGGUUCUAGAGGAGACAACUACAGCAAAGCAAACGCAAGAUGUGUUUGUCGAGGAGACAACUACAGCAAAGCAAACGCAAGAUGCGGUUGUCAAGGAGACAACUACAGCUGAGGAAACCACAGCGCCAACAUUAGCGGCAACUGUCUCAAAUUAGUUUGCAAUAUAUAUUUAUAUAUACAUUAUCCCUAUGUAAUCCUAUGUUUGUAUUUAUAUUACAAUUUAUUUUAUUCAAAUAGCGCUAUUUUUGCUAAGCAGCCUUUAAACAGGCAGAGAAUGUGACGAAGUCAAUGUAAAUUAACAACAUUUAUGUGUAUGUAUAUGUAAAAGAACAAACAGUUAUUAAUUACGUUUCGCUAUUAACAAUUGGCAGAACACGAGCCAUUGGUC